AUGGAGCUACUACGAGAUACAGCGUUCGGACACGUUGUCCGGUUUGUGACGAAAAGAAAACUCCGACAAUUUCAAUACUACGAAAACCGAUAUUCUGAAGUAUGGCGCGAAUAUGUCGACGCGGAUAAGACUGUCAACGUCGUACGCUACGGCCAAGUAGAGCCACCCGACAAGGAAUUCGACGAGACCAACAAUGAAGACGCCAAGUUUUGGAGAAGAGGCACCAGCAUUUAUUCUGCGCGAACUAGAGUACUGGGAGAUGAGGAGAACAAUAAAUUGAGUGGGACAAGGAUUGAUCCUGAGAAGGGUAAGAAUAUCCAUCUUGUUGCUUUUCUACCCAACGACCCUGAGAAUCCUCAAAAUUGGUCUUUGAUGAAGAAGGUCUUUGUGACUUUCCAAAUAUGUCUGCUUACCGUCAGCGUCUAUGUCGGCUCGGCCAUCUACAAUGCUGGUGUGCUGGACGUAAUACAAGUAUUCGGCGUCAGCCAAGUCGCUGCUCUACUUGGCCUCACGCUUUUCGUGGCAGGCUAUGGCCUGGGUCCGAUGAUCUGGAGCCCCUUAUCCGAAAUCCCUCAGAUCGGUCGCAACCCGAUAUACAUCAGCACCCUCCUCCUUUUUAUUCCCACCGCACUAGCAGUGAACUUCGGCAUGCUACUGGCUUUCCGAUUCCUCACGGGAUUCUUCGGCUCGCCUGUCCUAGCGACCGGAGGCGCUACUCUGGCAGAUAUCUGGUCACCGAAGAAAAGAGCUUACGCCAUAGGAAUCUGGGGCGUCGCGGCAGUUUGUUCUCCCACACUAGCUCUCGAGCUGAUGUGGUUGAGCGGGUUCGCGUUCGUUCUUCUGUUCUUCUGCCUUCCCGAAACAAGUGCCAACAACAUCCUCUAUCGGCGAGUGAAACGUCUUCGGAAGCUCACGGGAAACAACAAGCUCGUGAGUGAGUCUGAGUUGAUAGCAGAGGAGAUGACUCCGAGGGACAUCAUGAUGAUGUCGUUGGUUCGGCCGUUCACAUUGAACUUCACCGAACCCAUGGUCUUCCUUCUGAGCCUGUACAUCGCCCUGAUCUAUGGGCUGCUCUACAUCUGGUCCGAAUCACUCCCUAUUGUUUUCACCGGUAUCUAUGGGUUCAGUCUUUCACUUCAAGGAGUCGCUUUCAUGGGCAUCUUAGUAGGUGCCUUGAUUGUAAUUCCGCCGUUCUUCUGGUAUUUGCACAAAUAUCUCGAACCACAAUUCGACGAGAAGGGAGAAAUCCAGCCAGAGAAACGUCUCCCUCCUGCAUUCAUCGGCGGUUUUGCCAUCUCCAUCUGCCUCUUUUGGUUCGGCUGGUCAGCAAGACUAGAUGUCCACUGGAUUAUGCCUAUCAUCGGCUCACCGUGGUUCAGCAUCGGGUCAUUCCUGUUGUUCAACUCGGUCCUAAACUACUUACCAGACGCAUAUCCGAACGUUGCAGCCUCGGUCCUUGCCGGCAAUGAUCUCUUCAGAAGCGCCUUUGGUGCGGGGUUCCCGUUGUUCGCAAACGCCAUGUAUACCAAGUUAGGGGUUGCCUGGGCAAGUUCGCUUCUGGGAUUCUUGUCGAUUCUGUUCAUUCCUACCCCUAUCACAUUAUAUAAGGCCGGUCCAAAGCUGCGCAGAGAGUACAGCAGACAUGCGCGGAAGCAUAUCUAG